AUGUACACUUCAACCAUCGCCCUCGCUAUUGCUCCCCUCCUUCUCCUCGCCCGCGCAGAUGUCAGUCUUGACCGCGACGACAUCCCCCGCGCUUGCGACGCCAUCUGCAACCCCAUCGUCGACCUGACCCGGGCUUGUGACACCGAUCUCCGAGGAGACCGUGACCGCGAAGAGGACCGUCUCGAGGCUCAAUGUGUCUGCACCAACGAUUCCUUCAACGUCGCUCGCGUCGCUGCUCUUUGCGCCGGCUGCAUUCACCAGAAUGCGCCUCGCGACAACGAUGAUGACGAUGAUGAUGACCGUCGCGAUGACACCAAGGAUAUUGAUGAUAUCCUCUACACUUGCGGCUUCUCUUCUACCACUUACGUCGCUUCUGCCGCUUCAGCUGCUGUCUCUGGCGUCAGUGUCGAUGCCACCCGUCCUACCGACGCUUCUCAAUUGACCACUACCAUCAUUGCUGGUGCUACCGGAACCCGAGGCAGCAGUGACCCUUCCAACACUGGCAGCAGCGGCGGUAACGGCGGUAGCGGAAACAGCAACAACAACAACAACGAUGCUUCUGCUACCAACAGCGCUGCUAGCCCUGAUGAGACCAACGCUGCCGCUGCCAUGGCCCCUGUUGCAUUCGUCGGUGCUGCUGUUGGCGCUGCCAUGCUCCUUGUCUAA